AUGAGCGACGUCGAUAAGUCCGGCGUUGCCCAGGCGGAGAACGUCUCGGGCAAGCCCCGGAGGCGCGGCUGCUUGGGUCACUGCGCCAAGUUUUGGUGGGCGUAUUUGAUCGUUGUCGUGGUUAUUGUUGUCGUGGUUGUGCCUGUGGUCCUCCUGGUCGGCGUUCCCAAGAUCGCCCAACAGAAGCUUGAUGAUGCCGAACUCAUCCUCAACAGCCUCGUCGUGACCAACACGCAAGGCAAGAACCUUACCAUGACGCUCAGCAGCACCAUCAAGACCGAUGGUUCCGUCCACGCCGACAUCGACGCCUUUGAGGGCAUCAUGUACCUCGAGGACCACGAGCCCCACACUCCAUUCGCCAAGAUCAAGUUCCCCCCCACGACCGCCGACGUUCUCCAGACGGUCAACGUCACCCAGUUCCUCCCUAUCGACGACGUCAAGGCCUUGACUAUCUUCAACACUUGGCUGCUUGCCAACCAGACGCUGCGUGUGACUGUCCUGGGCGACACCAACGUUCGUGUCAGGGGCAUCUCGCGAUCUUACCCCGUCACCUUUAAGAAGACGGUUACUACGCCCGGUCUUCGCUUGCUGGAGGGCACUGUUGUCAACCCGACCUGGAUUGGCCUCGAGCCGGAUGAGAGGGGCAACAACAUGAGGGCCACCACCAUCAUCCCCAACCGCUCCGUUGUCUCUUUCGAGCUGGGCAACACCACGUUCCACAACUACCUUCUGGGCGAGGAGGUCGGCACAGUUUUCAUCGACAACCUCAUCCUCCGCCCCGGCAUGAACGAGUACCCGAUGCGCGCCACGGUCAAAAAUGAGGCCGUCAUCAACGCGCUCGGCCAGAAGCCGUACUGCGAGCAGAAGGGCGUCCUGCCGUUCCAGAUCCGCGGAAAGACGGUCAUUAAUCAUGGCCAGCCGCUGCCCUACUUCGCCGACGCCCUCGCCGCCCACAACCAGACCAUCGAGAUCCCUAUUGGGGAGGCCGUGAACAAGUCGCUGGGCGUCGUCGUCCCGUGCGGCGGCCUCGGCAGUGGUGGUGACAAGAGGUCGAGCCUUCUGUUCUAA